AUGGCGGAGAAAGCAGCAGUCACAGCAGCCGUUCCGGUAUCACUACCACCAGUGGUCGUCCCUGCACCACCAGCGACAGUAGUGGAACCAGCAGGAACAGCACCAGCACCAGCAGCAAUAACCACACCGCCAGCUCAACAGAAGCUAUCGGAAUCGGAUGAUUUUACGGAUAAUUCAGCGGAAAACACAAAAGAGGCAAAUCAAGAGGACACUUCGCAGCAAAGCGGGCUAGCGACGGUCGAGUCUGAGUACGAUACAGCCUCGGAUUCACCUUCGGACGGUGGUGAAGAGGAAGACGAGGAGGAGGACUAUGAAGAGGAGGAAAGUGGCGGUGAAGAGGAAGAAGAUGAGGAGGAUGAUGAGGGGACGGAUGAAGAAGACGACGGCACGGAGGAGGAGGAAGACGAUGAGGACGAUGUGAUCGAAGUGCUGGAGCGUCAGAGUGGUGACGGUCAGGAGCAGGAUGCGGACAGCCGCCGAAAGGUAGACGACGAUGAGGAUCGCAGCAAUCCGCAGUACAUCCCGAAGAAGGGCACGUUUUACGAACACGACGAUCGUACGGCGGAAGAUGAUCUAGACGAUUCCGGGCUGGAUGGAGACGGAGAUCAGCGCUCGAAGCGCAAUGACGACGGGCUCGGAGAUGGGUUAGGUGACCCGCACGGCGGUGGAGGUGGUGGCCCCGGUAGUGGCGGGGGUGGUGGAGGCGGUGGGCUCGGCGCUCCUGGGCUGUAUGGUGGCGAGAGACGCGGCUCGGAGAAGGGUGGCAGCGGUGCGGGUGCCAAGGGCACAAAGAAAUGGCAAGCCUCGACCGAUCGGUGGACGCAUGAUAGGUUCGAUGAGAGUGAACAAGCGCCUAAAUCACAAGCCGAGCUCGUUUUCGCGUACGGGUACGAUAUACGCAGCGAGGACGGUCCACCAAAGGCGCGCAGGAAGCGUCGUUAUGCGCGCGGACCGAAUCGGUACACGCGCAACUGGGAGGAUGAGGAUGCAUACCAGAAGUCAUCGAACGCGGAACAUCAUCAGCGCCAUAAGAAGGUGCCGCGGCCCGAAGAGUUUCCCGAGCUGGCGGGUGCGAAUGCAAAGAGUGGACGUGCAACGGGUAGGGGCCGUAAUGGACAAAAGCUUGGUAGAAGCUCAGAGGCGGGAGGUCCGGACCAGCGAAGGCAGUCCGGGGGAACGGACGGGGCACGCAUUAAAUCGUCUGAUGUUCGUCGAUCAGGUGGUCAAGAUCGGUCUAUGGGUCGAUCGGAACGGGUACGCUCGGGUGAUUGGAGUGGUGGAGGAGCCGGUGGAGGUGAUCGCGAGCGGGAACAGGAUCGUGGAGCCGAUUGGGAUAGAUCUGAGUACGGUGGUUCACUUCGUUAUCGGAACGAAGAUCGCGGCUCCCGCAACAAUUACCACAAUAAGGAAAACAAGCUGAGCAGUGCCAGAAACAGUAAGGAGAAAGACUACAAGGUGAUAAACACUUUGCAGUUUAAAAAUCAAGCGAGAAACAAAAACAUGGAAGGGGGUACCGGUGGUAACGGUGGAGCACCUGUUACUGGCCCCCUGCAUGGGUCUGGUGCAGGUACGGGACUAUCCGACGGUACUUCUGGCGGUGCUCCAAUGAUGCAUAGCAAUAGUGCCGGUGCACUUUCCGGCAGCAGUAAUAGCAACAAGAUGAACAACCAUGGCACAGUGCAGCAGCAUACUAGUGGCAACAGUACGAACGCUGGAGGUGUGAAUAAUGAUCGGAUUCAUCACUCAGACGCGAACCAGCAGCAGGGUAGAAUGAUGAAUGUAGUAACCACAUCGGCAUCACUUGGGUCAGUACCUACAACUGGUGCGCAGCAACAUUACGGACAUCAUGCGUCAAUGGGGCAGAUGCAGCAACAUUCGCAUCAGCAGCAACAACAACAACCGCAACAGUCCUCACAAAAGCUGAAGCAAGGCUACCUGGAGGAGGACCAUUCAAAGUAUGCAGUUCCAUUGUAUGGGGGUUCAUCUAACAUGGACCGAAUGCAGCCAAAUGUGACAGCAGGUGGUGGCCCACCAGCGAUUGGUAAUCUUCCGAUGAAUCAACGAUCUCAAAUUUCACCUCGGGCAAUAGUUGCUCAAACGCCUCCAUCAGUACCAUCCGAGCAAGUGUCUUCAGAGCGUAUGACUGUACAAAUGGAGUACCAGCCCAUGCAAGGUGCGGCUGUUGUGCCACAAGGUUACGGUGGACAGCAACGGUCGCUAACAGUCCAGCAGCAGCAGCAGCAACAACAACAACAACAACAACAGGUAUCCAACCAGCUGCAACAUCAACAGCAACAAAUGCUGCAAACGGAGGUUCCUCGCAACACCAAACGUUACUCGACACAGCGACAACGAUCUGCGCUGGAAAGUGCUGCCAACGCUAGCGCAUUGCAGGCUCAGCAGCAGCAGCAGCAACAACAGCAAGCGGCCGCAGCAGCAGCUGCUGCAAUGCAUGAACAGCAACAGAUGCUGCAACAUCAGCAACUGUUGCGCCAUCAGCACGAACAGUUGGCGCAGCAGAACAAACAGAAACAGCAAGUCUACACCCAGCAGCAGCUUCCACAGCCGGGUCCAGCGCCCGGUGGUCUGCCGAUGACACUGCAACCGGCCGAUUAUCAUGGAGGUGUUAGCAAACCGCAUCAGCAACCACCACCGCCGGCACAGGGUGCACCGGGAGGACAAAACCCGGCCCAGGUGCAGUAUCAUCAAACGGCCCUUUACUACACACCUGCUGGUGCCGCCGGUGGACCAUCGCCGGGUGACUACGUAACGGCCGCGACAUCCGGUGGUCAGCCUCAGCAGCAACCACCGCAACAACCCACUCAGGCACCACCCCCACCCCAAGCACAGUAUGCACCGCCACCGUAUGCCACGCAAGGACCUCCACCGCAACCGCCACAGGCGGCCGCCUACAUGCAGGGCCCAGUGUCGGCCCCCAGUGCCUACAUGCCCGCGCCCCAACCUGCCAAUGUUCCACCCGUGCCGCAGCCACCGACCGGUAUGCCCGGUGGAGCGCCACCACCUCCCAUGAACUUUGUGCCCGCGCUUGGACCACCUCCAACGGCAGCGGCACCACCGGGCGUCAGUCCUGGACAGUAUCCGGGACCGGCCGCGUAUGCUACCGGCUUUCAGACGGGUUACGCACCGACCGUCGGUGUUGUACCGCAAGCCGUACCCGGUGGCCCACCACCACCUACCGGUGGCCCUGGUGGUCCACCACCGACCGCUCUGUACCAACCGUCCGGUGGCAUUACGUACUACGCACCACAAACGCAAACGCAAGCACCAAGGCCACUGCCUACUGGCCGAAGGCCAACGGCCGCUAUACCGAUUCUAGCGCCUCCGGAGCGUAAGCCUACCGUCACGGCUACCACCACACCAAGCACGGCCACAAACAAAACGUCCAACACGCGCACCGGUGCAACAUCAGCCGGCGAUACAAAUGAAUCUACCGCGACGGAUGUUAACACCGGUGGUACGAGCAGUGCGGACACUGCAACGCCAAGUACCGGCGGAGGAACGGUCGACAGUGGCGAAAAUAUUGAUCACAUUCUGGACAACAUGUUUGUGCAGCGCCCACAAUAUCAGCCACCGUCGAGAAAGAGUCCCUCACCGGCACUGACCCCAUCUGCUACUACUCAGCAACCGCAACAACAGUCCCAAGCUGCCGGUAAUGAGGCGGCGAACGGUGCGAACGAUGGUGUUACCUCCGGGGUCGAUGGACAAGAAUCGAUGGACAACAUUGGUGAAUCCGUCAAGAAAAUGUCCAUUCAAGAUACGGACAAGCUGACCAUUGCCGGUAGCAUAGCGGUGGGGGAAAGCAAAGAAGUGACCGGUGGUGUCAUCGAAACGACCUCCAGCUCACAGCCAAUUGAAUGA